UGGUGCAUGUGUUUUCGAAAAGCACCGAAAAAGAAGAUUUCCCUUUCGUUUGGACACCCAAUUUUGCGGCACCGGCUGGUCUAGAGUGGCAGUGAGGAGAUAAAAUAAAGCAUAGCUUCGUCGUCCUUCUGAUCAGUGCACCGUUUCGUAGCAACCAGCGCCUUCAACACGACAAAUCAUAGUUCACACGACGACGGCCAAUCCAUCCGCCGCAGUCCGAAUGGAUUCCGACCCCGAGGUUGUGCUGGUGGAAAAAAUUGACGAGGACGAAAUUUCGACAGAUAAGGACAGCGGCAUGGAAUCGGCCACCGGAAGCAAGGAUGAAACACCGGAACGAAAACCAUCGACGCCCGAAGAGCCUCCCAAACAAUCGGAGCCAUUGAAACCGACACCCGCGCCAGAAGUGGGUUCAGCGGCAGCUACAUCCUCCUCGUCAUCAGCACCACCACCGGCGGCAGCAGCGGGACCAUCUUCAGGACCUUCUUCUUCCAGACCUUCCGGGUCGUCUGCUCCGCAGCCAACAAAGACGGUGGCUCGCAUAAGUGCGGACGAUUUCGAUGACGAACCAGAUGAGUCUCUCGGAGAACGACUGUGGGGUUUGACGGAAAUGUUCCCGGAACCGGUGCGCGCGUUUUCCGGCGCCGUCACAAAUCUGACCGUGCGGAGCGUGAAGGGUCUGUAUUCGCUUACGUGCAAUGCGUCCUGGAUUUUCUUCACCAGCUCCAUGAUCCUGCUGGCACCGGUCGUGUUCGAAGUCGAGCGCGCCCAGAUGGAGGAGAUGCAGAAGUCGCAACAGAAACAGGUCCUGCUCGGACCCGGAUCCGCUGUCGGGGCUGGCUCUCCCGGUGGCAUGCCGGCAUUACCUCCGAUGGCGGCGGCCCGAUAAGCGUUCAGUGGCAGUCAGCAGCAUCAGCUAAACAAGCCAGUGUUAGUGUUUUAGUGCCGUGUAAGCUUUUUUGGUUUACGUUUUCCGCGUUCCUUUGCGAUCUUUUCUAUCACACGCGUAGGACUUUCGUUAAUUUUUAUCCCAGACACACACACAACACACAAUGGAAAGGAAAAAGGAAAUCAAGAGAAGAUGCCAUUUAUCGCAAGUGCAACAAUUAUACGCCGAUGGCCCAGCAAGUACGGAUAGUAGUCACCGGAGUUCGCUAGAACAAUCCCAAAUGUAUCCUUAUCGCAUGUAGAGACCGUUUCCUGUAGCGUUUCCGUUGCGAUCUAAGUUCGUUUUCCCUGGCUCUCGGUGAUAAUACAUCGUUAAACGUUCUCCAUCGAACAGCGUCCGAGUCAAGCGUGUUUUUCUCUUCCUCGUACUUUUCUAUUUUCCCCACUGGUUAAGCAGCUUCUCGCUGUUCUCGAACAUCGUGUUUGUUCCGAGUCAUUUCGUUGCAUUUCGUAGAAAGGAGCAGGUGUCUACACAUACCUACUAUUUGUUUGUUUUAAUAAGAAAUGUAGUCCUUAAGGGCAAGAAGGCCCGCCCCGACAGACAAAUAAACA